AAGGCAUACUACCAUAAUAAUUUAAGUUAAAUACAUAUUAUUAAAAAUAAAAGAAAAUAACCUUUAUGUAAAUUCUGAAAGUUUGACUUUUACUGAAAAAAACUAAAUGAAAAAAUUAUAUAAUCUGUGAUUCACAUAUAUUACAAUCGAAAUCUUAUAAAUAUUAGUGACAUUCAGCGUCAACGAAUAUAUAAAACAUACUUGGUGCUUGGUGUUCGGAAAAAAAUUAUAAUAAAUUACAAAUACGUGAAAUAAUAAUAUAAAGAACGCCGGUAUUGACCUGAAUUUGAUUAGUGACUUAAAAAUAAAUUGAAACCUACAAAGUAUUCUAUUUACUAUAAAACAAAAAUGGAUUUUUUGCUUGGUGGCACAGCUGCAUGUAUGGCAGGAUUUUUCAGUAAUCCAUUUGAUGUAAUUAAGACGCGACAGCAAUUACAAGGUGAAUUGGCUCAAAAGCUUAGUUACACACCAUACAGUUCAGUGUGGCACUCGAUUCGGUCGAUUGUGAAGGCCGAGGGUAUACUUGGUUUACAAAAGGGAUUAUCGUCUGCUUUAGCAUUUCAAUUUGUAAUGAAUAGCACGCGACUUGGAUCAUAUCAAACAAUAGACAAUCUUGGAUGGACUCGAAGCAGUAACGGAGAUAUUUCUAUGCUGCGAUGUGUAUUUUGGGGAGGUAUGAGUGGCAUGUUUGGCUCUGCUUUGGGAUGCCCACUUUAUUUGGUCAAAACUCAAAUACAAGCACAGUCACAUGGAAAAUAUGCGGUUGGGUACCAACAUCAUCACACGGGGAUGAUGGACGGCCUGCGUCAUAUUUGUAAGAAAUACGGACUAAAAGGAUUGUGGCGCGGUUACUCUAGCUUGAUUCCCCGUACAAUGGUGGCAUCUUCUGCGCAGUUAGCAACGUUUUCGGAAUGCAAAGAUCAAAUACAACGUUUUCAUGUGUUUCGACAAUCUGUAUUUUUGACUGCACUUGCAUCGAGUAUGAUCAGUGGACUCUUUGCUUGUAUUUGUAUGACACCAUUUGAUGUUAUCGCAACAAGAAUGUUUAAUCAAGGUGUUGAUAAAACUGGAAAAGGUUUACUUUAUAACAAUAUCAUUGACUGUUUUUCUAAGACUUUUAAAGUUGAAGGAUUUUUUGGAUUAUAUAAAGGAUUUGUACCAAACUAUUUACGAGUUGCCCCGCAUACUAUUUUAAAUCUAACCUUUUGGGAUAUGCUGAAGAAAUGGAGAGCUUUAUAUUUUCCCGAAGAUAAUAACGUGCUUUUUAAAAGCAUACCUUAAUAUUUUAAAUAUUAAAAAUAAAUAAACGAUAAA